AUUAGAAACAAAAUGGCAACCCUCUCCUCCUCUUCACUCCUCCUCUUCUUCUUCAUCUUCCUCUGCUCAAUCCCCGCCGCCCAUUCCUCCGCAGUCGAUUUCACCUGGGGCAUCUCGGGCGGGAAGCUCAUAGGCGACUUGGAUGAGGAGCUCGAGCUGCAGAUGGACUCGGAGAUCAGCCGGCGCAUCUUAGCCACCAGCAAGUACAUUAGCUACGGCGCGCUGCGGAGGAACAGUGUCCCUUGCUCGCGGCGCGGCGCGUCGUACUACAAUUGCCGGCCCGGAGCUCAGGCCAACCCUUACUCGCGCGGCUGCAGCCGCAUCACUCGCUGCAGGCAUUGAAAACUUGUAUCAAUUUUUCAUUUUUAUUUUUUUACUAUUUUUUGUUGCGGUAAAAAAAAAUUGUAUGUCUGAUGGGAAGUUUCGAAUUUGUGUGUUAUUAUUAUAUACUUGGAAGAAAUUUGAAUAAGGAUAAAAUUUUGUUGAUGCGUA